ACGAGCAAGGACAGAAAGCAGACCCGCAACGCCCACGGCACUGAGCGUAGCGAGGAGAAGAUCAGGCCGACUGGGCAGCAUCCGUACUGUGAGCGUUAUGAGGAUGCAUGCAGUAUGUCUGCAGCUUGGCCAAUGGAAUGGCGUAUCAGGCCCAGCGCAGAUCCGACAUCAAGCGCGAGAGGGACGCGAAAAAAGCGUGUGAUG